UAGGUUUUCAGAAUAUUUCCUGAUGCAUUAAAUAGUCAAAGGAUUCUUUUUCAGUCAAUAUGAUGGUCUAAAUAAAUUACAUUUUAUUUUCUGCAUAUUUCUUUUCAAAGGUGCCAACUUAGAUUGAGCAAGGUGGUUAUUCCCUGUCUCCCAGAGCUGUAAACCUGCUGGAGACCACUGUUUUGCAAUCUCAUUGGGAGGAGCAGAUGUCUGGAGCACUUGCGGCCAGUUGCAAAGAGCAGGUCUACUUGCUGGCUCUUCAUUUUGCCACAUUUGUCAGCUUUGCUUUUCACAGAGCUGUCUUUGGUUUGCCAUUUCUUCAUGCAUAAAUAUGUUGCUUUUCAGGCUAAGACAAAAUGCUUCACAUUGAUUAAAUAAAAAAGAUUAGACCCAUCCCUAAGAUGUUACAAAUUAAAAAGAAUGGGAGUUGAGGGGAAAAGAGAAUAGAAUUUUAUCUUGAUAACAUUUGAACAAAAGAACAAGCCUUCAGUAUGCCUUUAUUUCCAAUUUGAUUGGAUUUUUUUUACCUGAUAAGAGAGAGUAUCACUUCCCUGUGGCUUCUUCCUCUGGCAAAUGGAAAAGAUUUGAUUUGCUUUCCUUCAGUUUGAACUCCAUUCCCAUGCUUCUACCUUGAGCCCCAAGAAGUGAAUGCUGUUAUUAUCAGUGUUUGGAUGAUCUGGCUCCUGACUUUUGCUAUUUUUGAAAGAGACUUUAUUUUUCUGAAUGGGUUUGAAUUUCCAGGCUCAAAAGAUGGCUGAGAAUGCUUUAUGGAGCUACAGUAUAUGGUUCAGCAACUAUCUGGAAAGAAAACACGAUGUUUUGAAGUAUGAAAGGAUUACUGCUGCUAUACCAGAGGCUACGAAUAUUAAUGGCCAAAUCUAGUAAUCACACGGUCUUCUAAAGAAGUCAUGGGUAGCUGUUGUAGCUGUCCUGAUAAAGAAGCAGUUCCUGAUAACCAUCGAAACAAAUUUAAGGUUAUUAAUGUGGAUGAUGAUGGUAAUGAAUUGGGUUCUGGUAUAAUGGAACUUACAGAUACAGAAUUAAUCUUGUAUACCCGUAAACGGGAUUCUGUCAAGUGGCAUUAUCUCUGUCUGCGCCGUUAUGGCUAUGAUUCCAAUCUUUUCUCAUUUGAAAGUGGUCGUAGAUGUCAAACUGGACCAGGGAUAUUUGCCUUCAAGUGUGCUCGUGCAGAGGAACUGUUUAAUAUGCUGCAGGAAAUCAUGCAGAACAAUAGCAUAAAUGUAGUAGAAGAACCAGUUGUAGAAAGGAGUCUACAUCAAACAGAGAUUGAGGUUCCAAGAACACCUCUCACACCUACCACACCUGGAUUGAGUGGGCAGAAUUUACCUAAUGGGUACCCAAGGUAUCCCUCCUAUGGAGAUGCUUCAUCACAUCCUUCCAGCAGACACCCUUCAGUAGGAAGUGCACGUCUUCCUUCAGUAGGUGAAGAGUCCACACACCCCUUACUUGUAGCAGAGGAACAAGUCCAUACAUAUGUGAAUACAACGGGCGUACAGGAAGAAAGAAAAAACAAACCAACUGCACGCACACCUCUGGAACAAAAGGUUCCCAAUGCAGAAACAAACAAGGCAAGAGAAGAAGAAACUUGCUCUGAUGACAGGGAUGCCCAGGUUGUACUGGAACCUCAAGGAGUCAAAUUUGUUUUGGGUCCUACUCCUGUCCAGCGGCAGUUAAUGGAGAAGGAAAAACUGGAAUCAAGUGGGAACAGUACUCAAAUUAGUGGGAACAAUACUGAAACAAGUGGUAGCAGUACUCAAGCUAGUGGAAAUAGUAACAAUGAAUGGGAUACUGGAUAUGACAGUGAUGAACGCAAAGAAGUUUCUUCUGGUAAUAAACUAACAUAUGAAAAUGUAAAUAGAUUGUCUAUCCCUAAUGCUCCAGGGCACAGGAGAGGUCGUCUAGUGUCAUCCAAUACUUCUGAUACUCAAAACAUCAAUAAUUCAGCUCAAAGGAGAACUGCACUGUUAAAUUAUGAAAAUCUUCCUUCUUUGCCUCCAGUUUGGGAAGCUCAUAAACUAAGUAAAGAAGAGGAUGACAGUUUAGGACCAAAGACUCCCUCUUUGAACGGCUAUCAUAAUAACUUAGAUCCCAUGCAUAAUUAUGUCAAUACAGAGAAUGUAGCAGUACCAUCAAGUGCUCACAAAGUUGAAUAUGCAAGACGUCGGGACUGUACCCCUACGGUCUUCAAUUUUGAUAUUAGGCGACCAAGUUCAGAACACAGGCAACUCAAUUAUAUACAAGUUGAUUUGGAAGGUGGCAGUGACUCUGAUAACCCACAGACUCCCAAAACUCCUACUACUCCACUUCCCCCAACACCAACCAGGCGCACCGAGCUAUAUGCUGUGAUAGAUAUUGAAAGAACUGCUGCUAUGUCAAACUUGCAGAAAGCACUGCCACGAGACGACGGUACUUCUAGAAAAACUAGACAUAACAGUACUGACCUGCCUAUGUGAGCCUGGAAAGCAGUAGUGAAAUCAUUUGCACCUUUGUGAAGAAUUGUUUUAAUUGGAUGAGUGCUGUUUUAUUUUUGAAUGCUAUCACCUUUUAUAGGUUAAUAGAUUUUUCUGAAUACUUCAUUUGCUUGCUUAAAGGGAAUUUAAGGUAGAAAAAGUAUUAAAUAACAUUAUCACUUUAUAAUUAUAGAAACAGCUUUUAAAUAUUUUUGCCAUUUUUAUAGUGCCUAUUUUAUUGUCUGAAAGUUAUAGUAGCCAAUUAUAACAAAUUGGCCAUGUGCCUAAAAUAACUCAAGGCAUUAUGACACUCCUAUGCUGCCUGAAACUUGCAUUAUUUGCAAAUCAGUAGAAUUUCUCAUAGUAUAUUAACAGACUCACAGAUUCCAGUUGAAUUUAUGUGUGAUAUAAAUGAGAAAGAUUUUAGUCAACUUCAGUUGUCAAAUCAUGGUACAGUUUUCUUUCAGAGUGCUGAGUUUAUGAGAAAGGACUGACAGGCAGCUGUUACCCUCCAAACUUCUCCUAAUAGGAGCAGCUUUCUAUAGUAAAUCCUUUUAGUAAAUCUAAUAAAGCCAAUUUUAGUACUGAGGAGAAUGCUGUUUAGUAACUGAUUUGGGAGAGAGAUAAAUGGAUGAAAUUGUCAUCUUCAUUAAGAUUUCAUUCAGAUGUCAUAUAGCUCAUGGAAUUGGUUUAAAAUUACCCAUGAUCUUUAGAUGCACUUUAAAUUCACUAACCAUAAGUCCAACAACUAGUAAUUUAAAACAUGCUCUGGUACAAUUUUAUUAAAAAGUUUGUGUUGCAGUUCUAUAAUUUUUUUUUUGCUUUCUCAAGUUAAUAACAACAGGUAAUAAUAUGAAGAAGGUACAUCAUUUAGCAGGAAAAUGACAAUAAUUUCAAACCUUUUGCCAAGUGAAGAUGGAUAUUGUUAAAGGAGUAUUAUGCUUUAUGGGCUAAGGGCUAUAAAUUGUAUAUUUAGGACAUAACGGAUGAUAUUGCAUUUACCUACAGUACAACUUUUCUAGCUCUUUUUUCUAUGUGUAGCUCUAUUACUUUAUCUAAAAUUGCUUUUGAGACCUUCAACGACCUAUGAAGGCCUCCUGGAACAACUAUUCCAUGCAUUCUGACAGGAUGCAAACAGAAGUAAAAAAUCAGGUCUCCUCCUAAAGUAUUUAAAAGUACCACUAAUGCACAGGUCUCUUUAGUUUUCAACUUCUGUGUUAGUUAUUUUUUUAAAUAUACCAACUUGAAUUUAGAUUUCACCUGCCACUAUUGUUAUAUGAGAUACAGCAUUACUUUUUUUCCAUCAGGUUUCUUCCAUCAAAGAAGUUAAAAUUUGUCUUGCUUUAGAUAGCUCCUUUUUAUACUUUUAUACAGAUACUCACACUCUAGAUGUUUUUAAUAUAAUUCACAAUCAUGUAUCUACAGUGGGUUCUUUUUACCUUUUAUUUUUGAAAAUCUUUUACCUCCCUCUUUUCAGUUGUAUCAGUAGCUUAAUUCUGUAUGUAAUUUGUGUUCAGCAUAUUUCCUGUGUUUCAUUUUCUUCAGUGUUUUUCAUUUGUAUUGGAAAGGCCCAUUUGUAAUAUUGUCAAUUAAGAGAGCCGACUUUCACAAAUUUAAAGAUGCAUUAUGUUCAUUCCAAAGCAUUGUUAUUUUUACAGAGGCAUGAUGUAAUAUGUUUUCAUAUUCAGUUUAACCCAGAAAAAAAGAAUUGCAAACCAAAGUAUCAGUUAGAAUGAUGGAUUUAAUACAUUGUAUGACUUACUUAUAAAAGCCAGUAACAUGGUUUAAUUCUAUGAAUAAUGAUAGUUUGUAGCCCUGUUAUCUACAAGCAAAAAUCCUUUCAGUUGUGUUAUAAGCUAUUCUUUUCUAUAAUGUGAUUGAUAUCAGAUGACCCUCUUAAGUCAGUUUUACUAAAAGUAAAAAUGGAAUGCCUACUAAAUGUAUAGGUAGUCUCUUAAAUUAAUACUCAUAACUCUUUAAUAGAUACUUGAUAGCUUAAUUACUCCUAAAUACUUCCUAUACAUUUGCCAUUGCUGAUUUUUUUUACCUUUCAAUCUAUUUUUGACUCUGUCAAAUUCCCAGUUAGAUGUCUGUACGUAUUCAGUGCUGUGCAAAGUUUAUAACAGUAUGAAGCCGUUUCUUUCUACAAUUCAAAAAAGUAAAACCUUUUAUAAGCAGCUAUAAAGUUUAUACAGGUAGUCCUCAAUUUACAACAACAAUUGGGACUGGAAUUUUGGUUGUAAGUCAAGGCACUAUGUGACCAGACCUGAUUUUUUUUACAGUGGUUGUUAAACAAAUCACAUGGUCAUAAGUCCAAAUCCUGCAAUUGUUAAGCAAAUCUCACGGUCAUAAGUCCAAAUCCACUUUCCCAAAUGGACAUUUUUUGCUGAAAAUGAGCAAAAAAUGUCACAGAUCAUGCUCAUGGGAUGCUGCAACCAGUUUUAAAUGUGAGCUGGGGGGGAGCACAUUUGAUGGUGGCCAGAAGUGCUUUAUGGGCCAUUAAAACACCCUGAGGCCAUCCUAACACUGAAUGGUUGCUAUAAGUGGAGAACUAUCUGAAGAGAUGUUGCCAUUUUGAGAAUGUAGAAAAAAAGUGGUUUAGUUAGUAUGGUUUCCUAGGGGAAAAACAAAAACAAAACAAAGCCAGACAUUAUGAAAAAACUGAAAUUUAGAGGAAGUAUAUUUCCUCACUGGACUUGAAAAGCAUGAAUUAUAUAGAUCAGCACAUAAUGAUACUGUUUCACAUAUUUAUAAAAUUUCAAAAUUGCAUUUUUAUUCAAAUGGUAAUUCAAAUCUGGCUAGUGUUAUAGCAUAAUAUAUUUUGUCUAAAGCUGCAAUUCUUCAUCUACUUACUUGGGGCUAAGUCCUAUUAGAAGUCUGUUUUCACUUACUUCUCAAUAGACAUCCAUAUAUUUGUACCAUAAGGUAUUGAUUUUUUCAACAAUAAAGAAAAUGGGAAAACAUUGGAACGAUCAAUAUAGUAAUAAAGUAAGAUUUUAUUAUUUGAAUUUAAAACAAUAUGUAGACCUUAGUAUAAUCAUGCAGAAAUUAAAGGAAUUCUUAUUUUAAAACGAAGCUCUGAAAGUAAAUAUUCAUGUUAUGUAGCAGUGGAAGUAGAUUUGGAUAGCUAAACAUAACAAUGUACUGUUUUCUACACAAAAUACUGUCCUAUGGACACUUAACUAGGAUUUAAUACCUGUUGAUUCUAGGAAAUCUGUUUCUGACUAAAGAGGACUAAAAGCCCCUAGGUUUUUAGUAAAACAGUUAUUCCCAAAUUACAUUUAUUUUAUGUCAAAUGGUAAUAAUACAUUUAUAAACGAAAGUACUAAUUCUAUCAGAUUAUGAACUUUCAGGUAGUGUCACCACCCUUCAAAGAAGCACCAAAUUCUUCAAUCAAUAAUUAUUCAUUUUGGAAAGUAUUUAGUGUUCCAGAUCUGGAGCAAUAGCAACACUGCUAACACUUAGUAAUUUAGAAUGUUGCAUUUAAAAUGCAUGCAUCACUGUGAGUUCAGAUAACAACAAUGAAACCUUUGGAAACGUAAGAACAGUAUUCAGUCAGACCAAAAGGCAAUUUCUAUGUGGCCAAUCAGGUUUAUCUGGGAGUUCACAAGAAUAUUAGAGUGCAGUGGCAUUGUCACUGUUACACAGCAGCUACCAUUCAGAAGCAUACUGGCUCCAAUUCCAGAAGAGAGAGAGAGAGAGAGUGAGAGAGAGAGAGAGAGAGAGAGAGAGAGAGAGUGCACAUAUACAGAGAAGGGGGAUUCUCUUUGCUAAAGUUCCUAUUCUGUUGUAAUUUCAUUUUUAUUUCACUAGAAUGCUUAGGGAGAUAAAUGGCCUGAAAGGUGUUUCAGUUGUAGUGUGUAACAAUAUAAUUAGAUAUUCAACUAGAACUCUUUGUCAUGGAAAGAUCGGUGUUUCCUUUAUGAUACAUUUUAAUAUUGUUCUAUCUGGCAAACAUUUCGGUUUUGUUGUCAAUAAAUUUAAGAAUAUUCUCUAUAAGGAACAUUAACCCAAAAAAGUCAGAAUAAUAUAGGAGUUCCCCUCGGUUUAAUCUACAGUAUUGCAGUUAACUGGAACAGUUUGGUAGAACCCCAUGGCUUAAAUAGUUUUUCUCCAGACUGGUGCCAAAUGUGCUGUGCGACAAUGGUCUGAUUUCUAAGCCAACAUAUUGGCUGAAAAUUAGAGGCAAUGCAUUUCCAAAACACUUGAAGAGACCAGGUUGUAGAAAAAGUUCAAGUUCCAAAAUUCUGAAAAUACAAUAGGAAAGCUAAUGUAACCAGAAAAGUAAGAUUUGUCAUAAAAUUUCAUAUGAUGAGCUGUGUUUAAUUCUGUUUCUCUAGUCUUCAUAUAUUCAGUACCUAAACCUUACCUUCUAAGUAUGUUGGAAAGUAAUUAUGAUAGUUAUUCAUUAGCUGCUGUCAGCUGAUGACAUUUUCAUGGAUAGAGUCCAUUAUGGUAAAUUCAUAAUUGCAAAUUUCCAACUGCUUUUCUUUUCAUCAGUACUAAUAUUUGCAUUGGACUUGCAAAGUGCUUAUCAGAACAACACUGAAAAUAAACAUUUAGGGGAAUUAACAGGCAUAGUAAUGAAUUUUUUUAAAAAAUAUAGUGCUUUUAGUAACGCUGAUAAUCCUUUUUUUUGUAACCUUGUGAUAAUUUAGCCUGAAUUUCAAUAUGGUUGAAAGAUACAAGAAAUGAGAUAAAAUUGCUACACUUGAAGCCUUUUACUGUGAUAGUUUUGUACUGAAAAGCCUAAGGGAAGAUGUAAUAGUUUGCCAAAAUAAGGUGCCAUCAGAGUUAGAACAGCAUGUACGCUGCUAUUCUGAAAAUUAUAUUUAGUAAAAUCAUAAUUCUAUCCAUUUUUUCUGUGCCAUAUUUCUAGAUCAAGACUAUAAACAUAACAUGCCAAAUUAUAUCAAACAAAUUUGCACAUAGGUCCUUUUUCCAUAUUAUCUAAGUACAUGAAGGCUAGAAACAGAUCUGAGAUGAUAAGAAAUUGCUUUGCACACACAAACAAAAUGUGCCUCCAUUACAGAGAGUCUGUUUAGUCUACCAUAACUUUGAAGAUUGUAGUAGGCAUUUAAAACACAUUUCAGCUACUUCAACUACCAGAUACCUUUUUUUUUUCAUAGGAAAGUCAGUCUGGAAGGCCAGUGGCACUUUUAUACACAUGAACAGAUAACACGCCCAUGACUACAUGUUGAGAUGAUCAGCUUGAUAAAUUCAACUAAAAGGUGCUUUACUAAAGCAUGAUAGAAAAUAAGAUUGUCUCUUUGAACUUCUAAUAAUUUACAUAUUGAAUUAUUUCUAUAUAGAAGAAAUACGUGCAGGAGGCUUCUCUGAAUUGUCAGUGUCUGUUGAAGCUGAUGAGAUAAAGCAGUUUCAAGAUAGUAAAAAUGGUCUUUUUAUGAUUUAUUCUAAAGUGGUUCUGCUAUGGCAAUGUGCAGUUGCAUGCUAAAAUGAUCCAGUCAUCAUCAUAGGGCUUCCCUUUGUAGUUUCAUUGCACAAAUUCCUACCUUGAGGUAUACGCUUUUGUUUGCACUACAGGUGCCAAACAAUAACAACCACUCUGAUGUUUUCUCUGCUGGGUUCAGUUACCCUUAUCUGUUCUGUUUUUAAUUAUUUACUGAUUUUCAGUGAGUUUUGCACUAUUGCAUCUGUCCAUUUAUUAGUCAAAAUUAAAAGGUUUCUAACAAUAGCAACUGAUUUAAAUUUUAAUUAUCCUGACAAAAACUAUUAUCUAGUGAUAUCAGAAACCAGCUAAAUCUGAUUGUCUAUUUAGUCUAAAUCUGAUCUAGACUAUUUUUUAAUCUUGUUUUUUCAUAUACUCCCACCUGUCCCCUCCUGUCAAUUUUUUAACUGACUAAAAUGUAGUGUAUUGUUAUACUGCAUUACUGAAGGUAGAAAAUAUAUGGGUGCAUUGCCAUAUUUUUUUAAUAGGAAGGGUAUAUUCACUGAAAGCUUGUUAAGUUUUAUUUCUGGCCAGCAGACGAUAAAAUAGAACAUUUACUGAAAGGGCAGCAGACAUAGUAUUAAGUAGAUCGAAAUUAUACAAGUUAUUUGGUAGAUAGGAUAAAGAUAAUUUGGGCUGAAAUGAAAUUUCUGGCUAUUAAAAUUUAUCUCAAUGUACUCAGGAAUAGUACAGUGAAAUGUACUUACUGUAUUAUUAUGUAAAAGAAAAUUGGUAAUAGAAUAUAUCAAAGCAAUAUUGCAUAUGAUCCCACUAUAUAAUGAUUACUUUUUUUUUAAAAGUAUCUUGAAUUCUUGUUCUUGGAAUCUUGAUGAAAGCCCUUUCCCCUUCCUCUAUUUGAGAAAUUGUAUCCAUUCUAAGUUUAUAAAAAAGUUUAUGGCAAAUGCCUUCCCAUUUAAUUUCAAAAUUAUGUUCUAAAAUGUGUGCAUUUAUUAAAAAAUAAACUAAGAGGAAGUUAUGAAGUCCUGAAUUAGAUUUGAAGCCUAGAAUUAUUAAAAAUGCUUGGAUAUUCUGAUACUAUACUACUAUAGUGGUAUAAACAAACUAAUCUAGUUUGUUGGAUCUUACAGUAUCUUCUCUUGCUAAGCUUUUACUUUUUCUAUUAGCAAUGCAUUGCAACAACGGAUUACUUGCUAAUAUUAUUUAAUUAUUGUGUGUGAUCAGAUAAACGGUCAAAUGUAGAGUUUCUCUACAUUUACUAAUGAUAUAAAACACUAUUUUAAUAGUUAAGGUGGUCAGCCCAUUUUGGAUACCCCAACUGAAACACAAAUUUCCAAGACAACCUGAUUUAAACAAAUUUUGUCUAUUUAUGAGAUAUGUUCUAAGUAUCAGUUUGGAUUGCAUUCUUCCGUUUUAUAACAGUGUUUAAACACUAUGUACCAGCACUAUUGAAUGCAUUCUAAUAAAUAAAUCCUCACCACAGACUUCAUAAUUGGCAGUUCUUGUGGUAUAGCCAAGUUGUUUUUCAAGUUUUAUGGCCUAACAUGCUAAUACACUAACAUGCUAAUAAGACUAGAGCCUGAGACUUAUGAGCAGAAGGAACAUUAAAUUACAGGAGUUACAGGAUUUUCCUGCCCCACACCCUGGAAAACCUGCCCCCGAGAAUUCGAGCAGCAAAUAAAACAUCAUAGGAUAAGGUGUAAAGGAUCAUUGUGGGAGAUAUCUUGGAUGAAUGGAAUUUGCUACACAGGGUGCUCCAGUUUGAGAUGAUUGAGAACUGAUUGCAUCGAUUCUCAUAGAUUUUGGUAGAGAUACUGGAGGAAAAAUGAGUGAGAGUCUUUCACAAGCUUAUUUCUCGUUUCCAUAAUUUUAUUCCAAAUCACAGCAUUUCUUGUGAAAGAAUGUAUGUUAAAGUUAAGAUCCCUCAAAAUAGCCUUUAUAACCCAUGAAGCAUUGCUGAAAAUCAAAUUUUAACCAUUUACUUGCAAAAGGUAUGUAAAUUAUUUUUGUUUUUUAACGCUAAAAUUAUAUAUUUGGUAACAUACAUAUUGUCUGUCAUAGCCACUAGAGUUAACCUUUGUAUUUACAUUUGUAAUGCGUGCUAGUCUUAUAAAUGAAUUUAUUAAUUAUUUUGGCACAAUGUGGUCUUCCUGUAUGUUCAUAAAAAACUGUCUUGGAACAGGGCCUUUAUGAAAACAUAAUUCUCAGUGAGAUGUCCUUUUGAAACAUUAUGUAAUAAAAUUUAUGAGGUAGAGGGCUACACACAAACACACACAGCCUUAAAAGAGUAUAGAAGCAAUUAGACAAUUUCUCUAAUAUAUGAAAGGAUGAAGUUGGCCCCAAAUUAGAAAGUGUCGUCUUCUAAUUCUCACUUUCCAGAGACCCAAUCUUUGCCAUAUAAAUAUUUAUAACAGUGGAAAUAAUAUUGUCAUACAAUUACACAAAUUGUAUUACCUUCUGCUAAAGGGAAGAAUGAUCGAAAUCUUCUCAAAGUUUAGAGAUUAAAUUUACUAAUGUAAUAAAAAACAUGAAUUUUGUCUUUUUCAGCAAUUAUCCAAAAAAAAUAUGGAAAAAUGCUCAGUAAAUAGAGUAUUCAAUAAUUAAACAAUAAGUUCAGAUAUGUGUGUAAUUAAAUAUUACUGUGAAUUUUUCUUCUCUUCAUGCUUUGAGUUUUGAAAUACUCUAUGUGAAAUAAAUGAUUUUAUAAAUGGAGAGGACCCUUCACUCAGGAAUUUCUAUACUUGUUAACAAUGGAUGUCAACAUCUUAAACUUUAAUUUCACCUUUAAAAGUACAUACAUAUUAACUCUGUAUUCUUAUUAUUUGCUAAACUAGGAAUACAGAUAGUGUCACUUGUAAGACUGUCAUCGAAUGUAAAGGAAAUGCUUCCAUUUUGUAAAAAAGAUUUAGUGUUUGUACAUUAUACUAUGUUACAGUGUGUCUCAACCAGCAAGUAUGAUGCCUUUUUAUUUUUAUGGCAUAAAGUUCCAUUCAUUGUAGCAUCACCUACUGUUAUGUCUUUGGAACCACUGUAGGUAGAAAAGUAGGCAGUGUUUCAGAAGUUAUUAAUCUGACAUCUUAAUAUGAAAACAGGUAACAGUCCUGUAAUCACCAGUGUGCCACAAAUGCAUUUCUGAAAUGCAUAAAUAUACAUUUCUAUAAAAGCCAAAUCUGUAUUUGUAUGUUAAUUUUUCAUUACAUUGUAAAAUACUGUAAAGUUGUAUGUCCUAAUUUUGAAUUAUAAAAAUGUUUCCUACAUAAAGGCAUCAAUAUAGCAACUUUGUAUGAAAGUAGCUUUCUAGAAUUUUAUUUUAUAUAUUAAAAAGUCUAAAGUUGCCAAAAUACUCCUUGAAAAUUUCAAAAGCUGUUUUAAUCUUUUUUCCCCUCCACUAUGGCUCUUUUUAAACAUUCCAGGCUUCUUUUGAAGCAAUAGUGUUGUUCUUAAAAACAUGCUGUAUUUGUUUUUCAACAACCAUAUAUUACCAUUUAAGCUUGCUUUUACAUUGAUUUAUCAGAUGAUGUCCAUUUUGAAAUGUAUUCUGUAAUACUGAUAGCAUUGUCCUCCCCAGAAGUGCCAGCUUCACAAAGAACUGUAGCAUGGCAAUAAAAUAUUGAUUUUAUUAUA